CCCAAUUUGUGACCAAAAGACACGAGCAAACAGAGCGAGCAGCAGCAGCAGCACUCGUCGCGAACAGAUCUCUCGCGGGAACGCCCUCUUCUCCUCCUCAAGGCGCGCGGUGAUUCUGGAGCAGCCCACGAGCGAUGGCCGACCGCGACCCGUCUCGGCAGCUCGCGCCGUCGAGCAACCUGAGGAGCGACGGCAGCAGCAACACCAUAAGGCAACCGAUCUACAUCCCGCCUGGACCCUUUACGCCUCUGCAGGUCUCCAAGAGCACAAUCACCUUGCCCUCGAUUGCUGCGUAUAUGCCCUCACCACCUCCGCCCCCGCCUCACCAUCACCAGCUACAGCCGUCGUCGGGGUACAUCUCCUACUCGAUCCCGACCCCGAACUCGAUCUCUUCUCCGGGGAGCGCAGACACGCCGACUCCGACCAGUACUUCUCGUCUUCUUUCCUCGGCAUCGGCAUCGCCUCAGGUAUCGCUGCAACCACAACCACCACCACCUCCUCCUCCUCCACCGCAGUCGAUAUCGUCACAGCAUCCACAUCCUCCGACCUCGGCACAAUACCAACAAUCUGCGCAGGCCGUGCAAACAAUACCCACGUCGCUGCCUGCGAAGAGGGAGGCGGACUCGAACCUACAGCUGCCGCAGAGUAAAAAGAAAACCCAUUUCAAGUCGCGUACCGGCUGCUUUGUGUGCAAGCGACGCAAGAUCAAGUGCGACGAAGCCCGGCCUCGAUGUAAGAACUGCACAAAACACGGAGCAAGCUGUAAGUACGCCGACGACGACAACAGGUCAGCGUCACCUAGCAACGACCUUGGCUACGCAGGUGCCGAUGUCUCGUCCGCCAGUCUUCUCGCGUCGCUCCCGAUCCCACUUUUCAACGCCCCCGACGACCCCUCGAGUGUGCCGACUGCACAGGCAGAGCUAAACAUGCAGCAUCUCUCGCUGAUGGUCCACUUCUUUGCGCGCGUGCUUCCCCAGCUAACGCGGUUCCAGAACCCCAAGAACCGCGAGAUGUGGAUGCACGAGGCACCUGCGUCGGCGUGCAGGUUCCCGUUCCUGAUGUACGCCAACCUCGCGAUCGUGUGCUCGCACAUCAUCGUCACUGCGACGUGUCCGCCGAUCCUGGCAGACGGCGAGACCGAGUCACCUGAAGAUCGAAAUCACCGGCGCAGCGCGCGCAGACACUACGAGACGCUGUGCGCAUACUACCGCCAGCGCGCGUUUGAGCUCUUCCGCACAGCGAUCUCGGGGGACACAAAUGACCUCGAGCUACUACGCGCGGCGCUGUUUGCUUCAGUCAUUCUCUCGCUCGACGGCUUCUCGUACCCGGAAGGCAGCAGCGUGCUGUCUGAUCUGGAAGAAGACUCGGCCAAUGGAGACAAGAAGGGCGCACGCGGCCGGGUUGUUGAUGCCCGAGAGCAGAAGAUUGUGUCGAUUGAUCUCUGGCUGCCGCUGCAUUUCGGCAUUGGCGCGUUCUUGAGGGAGUUCACAUCCAGAGGCAUAUCGCACAGUGAGAUUCACGAGUCGUGGCAGAUGAAUUGGGAUAUUUUGCCUCUUGGAAAACCGUACUUCAAGUACCUGAACACGCUGAUCGAGCAGCAGUACGAUGCCGCGACUGUCGAGGAUUGCAAGCAAGCAAUUAAUAUCCUCGAGCGCAUCCUGACGCUCCAGAUGAGCGCCGAGGCCGCGCUGAACACGCCAAACCCGUCAUCUGCCGCGACCGAGAACUGGAUCGUGAUGACGACGGGCGGGUCGAUUGGCAGAUACCUGCUCGCGUGGCCGUACAAAUGUCCGCCGAGUUACCUACAGCGGCUGCGCGAGCACGACAUCCCCAGCUUGAUUGUCUAUCUACAUUUCCUGAGCAUCAUGCGCGUCACGCUCUGUCCGCAGAAUUGGUGGGCGAUGGUGACCACGCGGCAGGACAUUCUGGCGAUCGUGGCCGCCCUGCCGGGUGUCUUUGGCGACGGCGGCGGGAGUGGUAGUAGUGGUGGUGGUGGUUCGCACGGGCGAGAGCGGUGGAAGGAAUGGUAUGAAUGGCCGAAGGCGCACUUGGAUUUUGAUAUUUGUAUGGAAGUAGGAUGAUUUAUUGUUUUUUUGGGGGUUUUCAUUUUCCUUUCUGUCUUGAUCUUUGGUUUGUAUACUACUUUGUGCUCUGUACAUAUCGCCUACUUUGCAGAAUAUCUAUCACCAUCUUGGAUACAAAUCUCCCGAAACAGACAGCCCUCCCAAAUCAGUAUUGCUGUACCCUACAGUCAAAGUGUAGGGUUCGUGAACUCUAAGCACAAAACGCAGUCACGCUUAAGAUUUGACUGGGACCUUUGCUGGGACGCAGCGAGGCCG